CUGAAUUCUCUUCUCGUAUGAAGUACAGUCUCCAAUCCCCGAAAAUGUAUUGGGACCCAUCCUCAUGAGCAUGACAUUGAAAAUUUGAGACAGAAUCCGAGGCAUCUAUCGUUCGAUUACGCCGACUUACAUCAAAAUCAUGUUUUGUUACUAGCUUUGUUCUUCUCGAAAAUUCGCACAGUCAAUCUAUUGAUUUCAGUCCAAUAUCAGAAUAUAGUUACAUCAUUUGAUAUAUUGGAUGGGACUCAAAAGCCAGAUUUUAGAGUCACAUGAUUCUCUGCGAACCACUGGUUUUGCUUUCACCAUGGGAACCAAUGCUUGGAGAGCUCUAGAAACUCUUGGUGUUGUUGACUCCCUACGGCAGCAGCAUGUCCGCCUUCAAAGGGUGAGUACCACUUCCACAGUAUCUGGGGCUACUACGCACGUGCCACUCACAGGCCGAGGCAAUUUUGGAGAAUACGAAGCGCGUUGUUUGAGGAGAGAUUUGAUGGUGGAAGGGCUAGCCAGAGAACUACCAAGAGGGUGCAUUCGGUUCGGGGCGAAGGUGGUCGGUAUCGAACGGAAGCACAAUGGAUCCUUGUUAUAUCAUCUUCACUUGGCUGAUGGGACCACUGUCAAAGCCAAGGUAGUGAUAGGGUGCGAUGGAGUGAACUCAGUGGUGGCAAAGUGGUUGGGAUUGCCAAAACCAGGCUUUGUAGGACGCACUGCUGCUAGAGGAUUAGCUCAUUUCUCGGAUGGCCAUGAUUUUGAGCCCGACCUGCAACAGUACUUCGGAGAUGGGUUUCGACUCGGAUUUGUGCCUUGUGAUGACAAAACCAUCUAUUGGUUCUUUACUUGGUACCCUUCUCAUCGAGAAAGAGAAAUUGAGGAUGACGCUGAGAAAAUCAAAGAAGUAAUACUGAAGAAGAUACGGGGAGUGCCCAAAGAGGCACAGAAUGUGAUUGAGAGAACAAAGACAAAUUGUUUAAUAGCAUCUCGUUUGAGGUGCAUGUGGCCAUGGAACCUCAUAUGGAGGAGCAUAUGCAGAGGGGCCGUAUGUGUGGCCGGGGAUGCAUUCCAUGCCAUGACUCCUGAAAUUAGGCAAGGAGGGUGCUCAGCAUUAGAGGACGGUGUGAUCUUGGCAAGAUGUCUAGGAGAAGCACUUCUAGAGAGAGAAAACCACGAGUUAGAGAGAGAAAAGGCAAAGGAGGAGGAGGAAAGAAUUCACAAAGCAUUGGUGAAGUAUGGGAGAGAGAGGAGAUGGAGGGCUAUUGAGCUCAUUACUACAGCUUACGUCCUAGGGUUCAUACAACAAAGCCGUGGGAGAGUGAUGACCUUUGUGAGGGACACUUUGUUGUCAAAGUUAAUGGGGAGGAUGUUAUUGAGAUGUUCUGAUUUCGAUUGUGGGAAGCUUUAUGUCUCUAAUCCUUAAUUCUAGACCCUAUAAUGCUUGGAGAUGCACACACUCGAUUGAGAAAAAUAAUAAUUUCAAGCUCAUGAGUGUAUUGUAACAAAUUAUCAAGACCGUCCACUUCGUCGUAAAAA